UGUGACAAUGACUCUGCAUUUGAUUUGUUUAAUAAGAGAUUAAACGCACAAUUAAAAACAAGUUGAUACAAGGAAAUAAUUCAACUGCACGUCAGUCACGUCACGAUAAUAUACAUGUAUACAGGUACAAUGCAAUUCGAAUGGCAAUAGUGCCUGACUUCAGACUUGAGAAGAUACGUCAAGAUAUAGAUACCUAUUUUACUCGACAGUCUUGAAACAGCAAUAGUUACUGAAGAGUCAGGCGAUUGAAAUGGCCAGGUAUUCGCACAGCAUCGUGGAAUAUUACCCAGAGAACGAGGGCCACAAGUGCGGCUAUUGCAAAGGCUUGGACACGAAUUUCAAUCAUGGCAUGUGGGCGCACUCGCUGACAGUGCAAGACUACCAAAGCUUGAUAGACAGGGGAUGGAGACGAAGUGGCUGCUAUUGUUACAAACCCACGAUGGACCAGACCUGCUGUCCGCUUUAUACUAUUAGAUGUGAAGCAUUAGACUAUAGAAUAUCAAAGUCGCAGAAGAAGAUUUUAAAGCGUAUGACAAAAUUCCUGAAAAAUGAACUAUUGAACAACAGUGCAGAAAAGGGUGAAGAUCAGCAAGAUAAUAUAGAUAUAAAUAAUGAGGAACUGUUGACUUAUGAAAAGCAUCUUGCAAAAGCAGAAAAACACGCAUCUGAAAUGAAUGUUAUGUCGGUCGACGAUGAACUGAGUGAGAGAUUGUCCGUUAGUCCAGUAGAAGCUAAAAGUCAAGCCUCGAAAAAUUUGGCAUCCGUGUCGUGCAACAACCGGAAGCAGCCAACAAAUUCCGAGAGCAAAAAUUCACUGCAUGUUAGAAAUGAAAUUAUCAAUGCAGUGCCGCGCAAGAAAGCAAAGCUCUUGCGUCUAGAGCGUAAACAAAAUAAGCUGUUAGCUCAGGGCAAAUCGCAGAGCGAAAUUGAAAGUAUCAUAAGAGAGAAAAAACAACAAAAACAACAGAAUAACGUUAAGACCUUGGAGGAAUUGUUUGACGAAGUAUAUAACGGCUUGAAAAGGUUGGAGAUGAAAUUGGUGAGAACGAUGUCGGACGAAUUCCUUAACACUCUCGACGUGAGCGCGGAUCUUUUCAAAAAGUAUCAAAUGGCGAUACACAAUGAUCCACCGGAGCAAUGCGAUCGAAGAUCAUUUGUCAACUUUCUCGUAAAGAGUCCCCUGCAGCAAUGGAUACCCGACGGCGGACCGCCUCAAGGAUACGGCUCUUUUCACGAGCAAUAUUGGCUGGAUAACGAACUGAUAGCUGUCGGAGUGAUAGACAUUCUGCCAUCGUGCGUCUCGAGCGUGUAUUUUUUCUACGACCCGGCGUACAAUCAGCUCUCCCUGGGGACUUUUAGCUCAUUACGAGAGGUCUACUUAACGAGGCAGCUCAACAAGAUCGUUAGCGACCUCAAGUACUACUACAUGGGCUUCUACAUUCACACAUGCCCGAAAAUGCGAUACAAGGCCAGAAUGCAGCCGUCGAAGCUGCUCUGUCCGGAGACGUACGUGUGGUGCGACAUCGAGCCCUGUCUUAUCAAGCUGGACAAGGAAAAGUACAGUCGUCUGAACGAAGAUAUCGACGCCAUCGACGAGAACGGUGUGGUCGAUAUUCGAGAGGCGCUGAUUUUGUACCAGCACAUCGCAAUGCCGUACAAGAAGUACAAGGCGCAGAGGACGUCCGCAAGAUGCCGGAUAACGCAACAGGAGAAACGUGAGGUGGAGGAAUAUGCCAGUCUGGUUGGGAUGCCGUGCGCGCGAAAGAUGCUGCUCUAUCGCUAUUCUUCAUUUUCCGAUACGUAAACGCGAAAUACGAUAUCAGCGCUGGAGGACUUGCGCGUCACGCGCGUAGGUGCAUCCUUGAUGGAAGAUCCUUUGGACUUCAGAGAGUGAUCAGCAAUUCGAAGUUUUUAUGUACAGAGAAAUUGCAGACUUAAUUGUUUUUAGAAUCAAUAUAGUUAAGUAGGCAUCUCGAUUACGCGUUACAAACUGGAAUCAGACAGCACUUAGGAUGUAUUUAUUUAAUAAAUUAUGUGCAAAGUCGCUUUUCAUCGUACAAUAUACGCAAGAGAUUCUUCAUUGAGAAACUUUCGAGCCUCAAUUUAAGUAUUUUGAAACUAAUAUUUUGAAGAACGACUUAAUCGAGUUUUCGCGUUAAUUAACUUUCCUCUUUGCUCAUAAUAUAAAUAGGUAUACGCAAUGCCUCGUAAUGUAAGCAUUAUGAAAUUGUGAAUAGGAAGUGAAAUUGUGAUUGCAGAUUAACAGGACACUAAGCUUGUGUAGAAAAAGUUUAAUGUAACGAUCCAUACUGCCGAGUACAAAGUAAAAUAAAUAAUCUGAACUAUAA